UGACAGAAAAUGUAAGGACAUUAUGAUCAGAUCCCGGUUCAAGUUUCGCCCAUGCAGCCCCUUAUCCAUAACGAAUGUACUGUAAUCCUAUCGAAAUCUAAUUUGUCUUCAGGAACACGCGCUAACAGCUUAACUUCUCCACUGCCAAGUUCCAGCUUUUCUCUCUUUCUUGCAAAUCUCCAGCUCCAGGUACUUCUUGAAUUUCUCUCUCGUUCUUCAUAAUUCUCUUGCAAAAUGAUCAUCCACGAGCUUUGAACACCACCAGAACCAUUAACAUGACACUGUUUUCGACUGAGUUCGUCCCUCAUAGCAUCCCAUUCACCACUCUACAACUUAAACCUACUUCAAAUUCACUUCACAGCACUGUAGUUGGCUGCAUAAACCCUAAGCUGAAUGAUACUAACAACCUGAGGAACCCACCUAAGGUCAGGGUUUCUGCGGAAACAAGACCAACCCAUGUGUUAUCUUUUGAUUUCAAAGAGAUUCAUCUGAUGAAACUGCUUAAUAGGUCUUGCAAGGCGGGGAAGUAUAAUGAAUCACUUUACUUUCUCGAGUGUAUGGUUGAUAAAGGUUAUAAGCCUGAUGUUAUUAUGUGCACUAAGCUUAUCAAAGGGUUUUUCAGUUCAAGAAAAAUUGAGAAGGCUACCAGAGUCAUGGAAAUUCUGGAAAUAAACGGUAAACCUGAUGUUUUUGCUUAUAAUGCAUUGAUUAGUGGGUUUUGCAAGGCUAAUCAGAUUGAAAAUGCUAAUAAGGUCCUCGGUAGGAUGAAAAGUAGGGGAUUUUCGCCUGAUGUUGUUACCUACAAUAUAAUGAUUGGGACAUUUUGUAGCAGAGGAAAGCUUGAUUUGGCUUUUGACGUUUUUGAAGAAUUGUUGAAAGACAAUUGCAAGCCAACUGUGAUUACGUACACAAUUUUGAUAGAAGCAACUAUUCUUGAAGGCGGAAUUGAUGAGGCUAUGAAGCUUUUGGAUGAGAUGUUAUCCAGAGGGCUUGAACCUGAUACUUUUACUUAUAAUGCAAUAAUUAGAGGGAUGUGCAAAGAAGGGGUGGUGAAUUGUGCUUUUGACCUUGUUAAGAGCUUGAAUUCGAGGGGUUGUAAGCCAGAUGUAAUCACAUACAAUAUACUGUUACGAGCACUUCUGAAUCAAGGGAAAUGGAAUGAAGGGGAAAAAUUAAUGGAUGAGAUGAUUUCAGGAGGUUGUAAGCCUAAUGUUGUUACUCAUAGCAUUUUGAUUGGCAAUCUAUGCCGUGAUGGCAAAAUUGAGGAAGCUGUGAACUUGUUGAAGGCGAUGAAAGAAAAGGGUUUGAGGCCUGAUGCUUAUUGUUAUGAUCCAUUGAUUGCUGCUUUUUGCAGAGAGGGAAAAUUAGAUUUAGCAAUUAAAUUCUUGGAUUAUAUGAUCUCAGAUGGUUGUUUGCCAGAUAUUGUGAACUACAAUACAAUAAUGGCUGGUUUGUGCAAGACAGGAAAUGCUGAUCAUGCUUUAGAAGUCUUCGAAAAACUAGAUGAAGUGGGUUGUCCUCCAAAUGUUAGUUCUUACAACACAAUGUUCAGUGCAUUGUGGAGCUCCGGAGAUAGAUAUAGAGCCUUGGGAAUGAUAUUGGAAAUGCUUAACCAAGGAAUUGAUGCAGAUGAGAUAACUUAUAAUUCACUCAUUUCGUGUUUGUGCAGAGAUGGAAUGGUGGAUGAAGCUAUUGGGCUGUUGAUAGACAUGGAAAAGGGAAGGUUCCUGCCUAAUGUUGUUAGCUAUAACAUUAUUCUUCUUGGAUUAUGCAAAGUACUUAGAGUCAGCGAUGCCAUUGAAGUUCUAGCAGUAAUGGUUGAAAAGGGGUGCCUGCCAAAUGAAACCACUUACACCUUGUUGAUUGAAGGUAUUGGCUUUUCAGGAUUACGAGCAGAGGCUAUGUUGUUGGCUAAUUCCCUUCACAGUAUGAAUGCUAUUUCUGAAGAUUCAUUCAAGCGUCUAAAUAAGACCUUCCCUUUGCUUGCUGUUUACAAAGACCUCUCUUACUCGGAUGCUAAAGAGUAAAGACUAGUUUCUGUUGUUUUAUCUCUAUGGUUUCUGAUGUCUGAAAUCACCAAAUAAGCUAAUCCAAAUCUGGUAUAGCCUUGUUCUUUGGAUGGCUCUAAAGGGAGAGAAAGCAUGUGAGAAACACUUCAGGUUGCUGACGUCCGUUUUACUUGCGUGGGAUAUUUGUUAAGAACAAUGAUUUGGUAAUGGAUAUGUUAAGAGCAUAAUACUCGAAUGAAGAGUUGGACAAGCAGCCUGUCACGUAAACCAAUAGUACAAGGUGAUCAUCCAAUUUUCUGUCAAGAAUUGUGUUCAUUUUCAAUAAUAUGGGAGAGAAGAUUCACGUCUGUAAAACAGCUCGGUGGAACAACACUUUUACAUUACAAUGUUUUCUGAUUUUUCCCAUAAGUGCUUACUGGAGAGUUCACAUGAUGUUUAGGCAUCAGGCUUCUGUAUCUGUACCUUUCAGCUUGUAACUCAUAUGCAUCGUUGUUGGCUAAAGGAGCAAACACUGGAAAUUACUGAUAUUUGUUUCUGUUAACUGAUUUAAGGGGCGUCCCCUUGUUAUUAGAUAGAUAUUUGGAUUUCAAGCA